UUGACAGGACACACAUUUUGACUGUUGUGUCAUGAGCCGAGUUUGAAUACUGUACUCGACUCAUACAUACGUAUACAGUCCGUGCAAGUGGCGGUUAGUACCGAUUUGAGUGUGGCGGACUGAAUAAUUGGAAGAAAAAUGGUAUUGUCAAGUAUCACGGCAGCACUCGGGCUGCAGGGCUGGUUUGGCGGAAGCACAGGACCGACGACGUCCUCAGCGAAUGAGAAAGGAAUGGCGACGAACAGUGAUGAUGGCCCGCAGCUCGAGGCCUUCAGUGAUGCUGCCUUUGAGAAUGUGCUGAAGCAAAUGAAGAGCCCUGAUCUGACGGGCUUCGAUCUCUUUGCUGACACCCGUGGAGUGCAGGUAUACAGACGGAUGAAGGGAGACUCCGGACUGUACGAAUACAAGGUCAUCGGAGUUCAGAGCGGUGUGGAUGCUAGGACGUGUGCACGCGUCAAUGUGGACCUCGACUACCGAAAGAAGUGGGAUAAGUACGUCAACCAACUUCACAAGCUAAAGGAGUACUCAUCCGGCCUGCAAGUCAUCUACUGGCAGGUGGCGUACCCGUUCCCGAUGACGAACCGCGACUACUUCUUCUACCGGCGUACGCGAGAGAUGACGUUCACGACGGAGGCCGGCCGCCAGCAGCCGGCCUGGGUCACCAUUGGCGAGACGGCGCCCGCAGACCCCGUGCUCUGCCCGGAGACGAAGGCGCUGCGCUGCGACGAGUACCAGCAGACGAUGGCGAUAACCGGGGACGAUGCCGGUACCGGCUCUCGCCUCUUCCUGCACUGCUUCGACAACCCGAAAGGCAGCAUACCCACGUGGCUCAUCAACUACUUUGCGUCCAGUGGUGUCUCGUCGUACCUCGACAGCGUCAAGAAAGCAGUUCAAGACUACAAGGAUUGAGUUCAGAGCGCAUGUUCUGCAAUCGAAAUGUUGCUGCCAAGCCCCCCAACCCCGAAUAAUGACUUCGUCCGUUCACUCCCUGUUCUGUGAUUGGAUGUAAGUUAUCAUAUAAUGACUCCGUCCGUUCACUCCCUGUUCUGUGAUUGGAUGUAAGUUAUCAUGUAACCUCCAGGAAGACUAGUAUCUCGAGAUGCCUAGCUUCGAGUGCGUGCAGGCUGCGAGUCGCUCAGAACUGGCCACUGGCGGACGGCCGAGCUCCUGUCACGCUCCGCACUGCCCCCCACUAGUUAGUCUUCUGUAAGGCCUCCUACCCUGGUGCAUGCACACAGCUUCAUACCCAUGAAGUAAAAGUGCUACGAGUACACCACCCCGCUGGCUUCCAGUAAGCCAGCACUAAUAGUUUAUGUGGCCUUCUUGUUUCCCGCUGCGCGCGAAAUGCUCAGACAUACCACUCCCUUCCCGCCGCUGGAAUUUCGCCGUCUGUUCAGUAUUUUACCUUAUUUAUUUUUUACUCAAUUCUGUUGUAUUUGAUUCCGAGAUAUUCCUGUCAUCAGACUUCGCGACUCGUGGUGAUUUUUAACUGUACGCCUGGCAGUGGGCUAGAUGCGGCGUGAACGCACCGUGGA